CCGUCAGAACACCAGCUCUUCUAAUGGAGCCGAGUCAAAAGAGCCGAAUUGGGAGUGCCGGACUUACCAUGAUCAUCUGAUCAGAAAAAACGAAAGUAAAACUAACAGAGAAAGGUUCUCUUUCCUUUAUAGGCAUUAGAGUCAAAUAAUCGUAUCAAAUUAUUCGGACACUCUUGUGAACACAGCAGUGUUAAAUUCAAGUGUUUUUGGAGAUGAAGUUGGUUUGUUUGAUUCUGCUAAUUUUAGAUGGAAUUACAGAUUCACUAUCAGAGCAGUAUAAAGUAGUGGGAUCUGCAGAUCCUGUGUUAGCAUUUGCUGGUGAAGAUGUGAUUCUGCCCUGUUCAGUCAAACCCAACAUCAGUGUUGUGGACAUGAAAGUGGAGUGGUUUAGACUUGAUCAGAAAUACUCAGUAGUUCAUCUCUAUGAGGAUCAUGUAGACAGAAACACAGAGCAGAUUGAGUCCUACAGAGGGAGAACUGAACUCAAUCAUCAACAACUACAGACAGGAAACGCAUCACUCAGACUAUCAGCCGUGCAAGUGUCUGAUGAAGGACGUUAUAAGUGUUUUAUUCAGUCCAGCUCCUGGUCUGAUGAUGCCACGAUUAAUUUUAAAGUUGAAGCUGUAGGAAGUCCUCCAGUGAUCACAGUAGAUGGAUUUGAUCAUUCAGGUGGGCUUCAUCUACAGUGUGAAUCUGAAGGUUGGUAUCCUGAACCUGAUCUUGAGUGGCUGGACAGUGAUGGAGUCAGAUUGAGUCCAGAAACUACAGAAACACACAGAAACACAGAUGGAUUCAGUGUGAAACACACCGUCACUGUUCAUCAGAGAGAUGGCAAGAUUCACUGCAGAGUCAAAAUGAAGCAUCACAUGCUGGAGGCACUUAUCACCACUACAAGUAAUAUGUUUACUUCAUGGAGGACAUCAGUGAUCAUCAUUUCAAUUUGUGUUUUACUCAAUGUGAUUGCUGGAAUACUGAUAGCUGUGAAUGUUCAGAAAUACAGAGGUUACAGAGCACACAAUCAACAAAGGGAGAAAAAAAAACACGAAUAUGAUAAUCUAUGGCGUGAGAAGAGGAAAAUAAAAGAGGAACAUGAUGAACUGCUGAAGGAGAAAAACAAAAUACAACAUGAACAUGAUCAACUGCUGGAAGAGAAGAACAAAAUACAACAUGAACGUGAUCAGCUUCUACAAAGUCAAAGAAUGAUUAUACCAAAAGCUAUUACACAUUUAAGACAACACAUGGCAGUGACUGUGACUCUGGAUGCUGAUUCUGCUCAUUGCGAUCUCAUUGUUUCUGAAGAUGGAAAAGAAGUGAAAUGUGGAAACACAGAGAAAGGAGAGAAUGAGGAUAAAGACAGGUUUACUGAAUAUCUCGGUGUACUGGCAAAGGAGGGAUUUUCUUCAGGGUGUUUUUACUUUGAGGUGCAGGUGAAGGAUCAAACUGAGUGGUAUUUAGGAGUGACCAGAGAAUCUGCUGACAGAAAGAAGUUGAUCAGUCCUGAGAAUGGAUACUGGACUGUAGGGAAGAAAGCUGAUAGUUACUGGGCUCAUGGGAUUUCAAGUGUCUCUCUUUCUCUGAGAGUGAAACCACAGAAGGUCGGUGUGUUUGUGAAUUAUGAGAAGGGUUUUGUCUCUUUUUAUGAUGUUGACUACAUGUUUCAUAUCUACUCUUACACUGGUCAAUCUUUUAAUGAGAAACUCUAUCCAUUUGCUAGUUUGGGGGAUGUGUGUAAUGAAAACUCUACACCACUGAUUAUCUGUGAUGAUUACCAGUGGUGGACAAAGUCCACAAACCUUGAGUUUAAAGAAGAGCUGCACUAGGAAAAAUAUUACUCCAGUAAAAGUGCUCCCAUUGCACUGUCACUUGCAGGGGUGUAGCAAACAUUUUAAAAGUGGGGGGGACAGCUGUAUGAGAUCAUACGUUCAUAUAAUUAUUAAUCACCUGUUUCUAAAUGGUCUGUCCCUAAAAGUGAGGGGGACGAAUUCCCCCCGUCCCUCCUGGUUGCUACGCCCCUGGUCACUUGUGUAAAAGUACAUGUUACAGUUAUAUGUAUAUGCCUAUAUGUUUUGCUUGUGUGUGCGCUCUCUCUCUCUCUCUCUCUCUCUCGCUCUCUCUCUCUCUCUCGCUCUCUCUCUCUCGCUCUCUCUCUCUCUCUCUCUCUCUCUCUCUCUCUCUCUCUCUCUCUUUCACUCUCGCUCCCUCCCUCUCUCUCUGUGUCAAUUCUCGGAUACGCCCAUUCCAGUUUCCCAUUCGUCCGUGAAGAUGUCUUUCUCUAUUCCACCAUCAACAUUGCUACCAAUCAGGAUAAGGACUCAAAGUUUAAAGGGACGCGAGCGGGGAAGCUCGUUUUGCUUUUGCUCUAUCUUGCUUGCGUUUUCUUUGCUUGCUUUUGUGUGUGUUUUGGCUUAUUAUGUGAUGUGAUAUUGAUGUGAAUUUAGAGUUUUGAUUUUGGUCUUGUUCUUGUGUUCAUCGCUGUUACUGUCUUGUAUGUGUGCUUUGUGGAAAUCCCCUGAUCUCUGGCGUCAGCCUUGCUCUGGGAUUCGAGGAGUUUAGAUGUCACGUGACAUACAUCUUAAAUCACGUAGAUAACUCCACUGUCUAAACACUCUAGUUUAGAAGUGAGUGCCACCCGCUGUAAGUUUUAUCCGUACUUUUGGUUAGUAGAGUAGAUUUAGUUAUAGCGUGGAAACGCUGAAGAUGUUGUUUAUUUUCUAUUAGAUUUGGGUGUUUUGUUAUUUUGCUUUCAUUUAUUUGGCGCCACUUAAUUCUCAUUUCCCCACCCAUAAUAUACGUCGAUUUCUUCUCUUUUGUGUGAUCUUGUAAAUAAUGCUUUUUUCUUUUCUUUUUGACUUCUUUCACAAUUGUAAAUAAAUUCACUUAUUUUUGGCAGUA